UUUAGCGAGAGACACUCGGACGCGAAAUGAAGUUGCCGAGUUGGCAGCUAUUUCCAGGUUCUCCAAAGCCGAAAGCUACGAUUCCAAUCCAACGCAGUCAUCGUCGUCUUCUUCCCGGCGAGCUCAACUCAAAAAACGAUGUCCUCCCGCCACCGCCGCCUGGCGUCGCUGACGAAACUGCUGACCACCCACGUAAAUGCCGCCCGCCACCGCGAUGCGCUCUCGCUCUUCUCCCGCAUGCUCUCCGCCCCCGACCUCCCGCCGCCCACCGACCCCUCCUUCGCCCACGCCUUCCCGCUCGCCAUCAAGUCCGCCACCGCCCUACGUCUUCCCCGCGCCGCCGCCUCCUUCCACGCGUUCGCCGCCAAGUGUGGUCUUCUCUCCAGCCCCUUCCUCUCCUCGGCCCUCAUCGCGUCCUACGGUGCCGGCGCCUCCCACGAACUCGCCCGCCGCCUGUUCGACGAAUUGCCCGCCCGCAACGCCGUCGUCUGGAGCGCCAUGGUCUCCGUCCACGUCCGGGCGGGCGACCUCACCGCCGCGGCGAGCGCGCUCGACGCCAUGGACGUCGCCCCGACAGCUUCCUGCUUCAACACUGUGAUUGCUGCGGUUGCCGAGUCAGGGGAACAUCCAGCCAGAGCCAUCGAGGUCUACCGACACAUGCGAAGGGUAGGCGUCGCGCCGAGCUUCAUCACUCUGCUGGCGCUCGUCCCCGCGUGCACCGCGAUGGGUUCCUUGACGUCAAUCAAGGAGGUGCACGGCUUCGCGGUGCGGCAUGGCAUGUCCGCGCUUUCCCACAUUGGCAGCUCCCUUAUUGAAGCGUAUGGGCGCUGCGGAUCACUAGCCAGUGCACAGAGGGUUUUCGACCAGGUUCAGGAUCGUGAUGUGGUUGUUUGGAGCUCUCUUGUCUCAGCUUAUGCUUUCCAUGGCCGUGCAGAGGUUGCAAUGUCGCUUUUCAGACACAUGAAGGACCAAGAUGAUGUUCGGCCUGACAGCAUCAUGUUUCUUAGUUUGUUGGCAGCCUGCGCCCAUUCUGUCCAUUCAGAUGAUGCGUUGCAGUAUUUUGAUGUGUUGACCAAGAGAUAUGGAGUGGAGGCAUGCAGAGAUCACUAUUCGUGCUUGGUUGAUGUCUUGGGCCGGGCAGGACGGUUGCAUGAAGCUUACGAGUUUAUACAGACAAUGCCAGUAGAGGCUACAGCAAAAGCCUGGGGAGCUCUUCUUGGUGCUUGCAGGAAAUAUGGGGAGGUGGGGUUGGCAGAGGUUGCUGGGAGAGCAUUGUUUGAGAUCGAACCAGAGAAUGCCGGAAAUUUUGUUUUGCUCGCUAACAUCUAUUCAGGUCGUGGCAUGCAUGAGGAUGCAGAGCGGGUGAGAAGGGAGAUGGAGCAGCGAGGUGUGCAGAGACUGCCUGGUAGCAGUUGGAUGAUAAAUCGCAAGUCAAGUUGCUAAUGCAAUGUCCUGAUAAUUUUUUCGGCCCUGAUGAUGCAUUGUGGAUGCUAGCCAAACUAUGGUUUAGAUUCUUUGCUUGCAGUGAUCCUUUAUGAAAAAUCAGGACACAUUUGAGAAAUGUCAUCACUGGGCACUGGCAGAGCAAGGUUUAUUCAGAUGCAAUGGUCACUUGUGCAUGGAAGAAACAUGAACUUUUCUUCUGUUGCGGUGGAGCAAAUCAGACGUAUGCAUACCAUCAACCGUGACCCUUCUGUGCCCCCAAAUCAAUCUGAGUUUCUUGGCUCUUGUUCCAAGACUUGAGAGUUGAGAUUAGUGCUCCCUCCAUUUGUUGCAUCAUAAGAAUUUAUACUUUGAUUACCAAUUAUCAACUACAGCAUGCUAAACAGCUAUUAUCCAUGGAACUAGGUUAGGAUUGAUAUUCAGUGUAAACUCCCAAAGUUUAACCGAAGCAGUUAGCUUUGUACCAUCUUAUUCAUACAUUUCCGAUGUCAUUUUCCAAUCUGAUAUGGUGUGGACUUAUACUCUUGAAAUACAAGCUUAAAUGCCAUCUUUGUCA